AUGGAUUUCAACUUUAAGAAAAUUGCAAGUGAUGCCAGCGGCUUCUUCAGUCGCGCUAAACAGUUGACAGAAGAAACUUUUCUGAAAGCUGAGAAGACAGAGCUUGAUGCACACUUCGAGAAUUUGCUACAAAGAGCAGAUAAAACAGAGGAGCACACGAAACGAUUGCUUUCUGCCAUGGAAAGUUAUCUUCAGCCAAACCCUACAGUUCGGAUGGAAGAAGUGUUUUACGAGAAACUGGAACUGCGCAAAGAAAGUCGUCUAAAUAAUUUGGAGCAGUUGGCACAAGCAAUGAACGAUGCUGGUAACGAGUUCGGGGCAGGCACUCCAUACGGAAGUGCGUUGUUGAAGAUAGCUCAAGCAGAAUUCAAACUGGGUGCGGGAGAAAGGGACUUUAUCAACAGUUGUGCAACCAAUACGCUUUUGCCGGUACGACGGUUCCUGGAGGGUGACAUGAAAACUAUUCAGCGUGAACGAAAAGUUCUAAAUACAAAGCGCUUGGAUCUGGAUGCGGCCAAAAGCCGACUAAGGAAAGCGAAGUCAGUAGAAGCACAGGGCAAUGCAGAAGCUGAUUUACGUGUGGUACAAGCGGAAUUCGAUAAACAGGCAGAAAUUACAAAACUACUCCUUGAAGGAAUACAAACCGCUCACAACAACCAUUUGAAGUGUUUACGUGAUUUCGUCGAAUCUCAGAUGUCAUUUUAUGCUCUUGCACACCAGCAUAUGGCUGAUUUACAACGAGAACUUUCUGGGUGA